AUGGCCCGUCCCUCAUCUUUUCAUGAGGUCUCGACUAUCAUAUAUACUGACCGUUCAAACAUGAGUAUCGCCAUUCAUCAACAUAUACAAAUCGAAUAUGAAAUGCGUUAUAUUCAUAUUUCGCCAUUGGCUCUACUUGAUACCGAUCAAAUACUGGUAUUGGACUCAGAAGUAACUCACCCAUCGAUCAUGAUUCCAUUGACUCUUUAUACUGAUGAACAGAUCAAAUUUGUUCUGGAAGCGAAUGAACGACAAUGUAAACAUGUUCCAACAAGUUGCUUGUUCUAUCAAAUCUCCAUAGAUACUAUGCGAAUUAUAUACAAAGACACAUGGGAUCAUUCUAAUGUUUUGCAUCCUUAUCGUGGACAUAUUGAUUUCAUCCGACUUGAAUUGUGUCCAUUGUUAAAAAAGCGUCUAGUAUUUGUUAAUAUUGGUUGUACAUCACAAGAAAUUUGUUGGAAAUUACGUCAAGAUUUGCGUCGAUCCCGGAAAUCGCUCGGCCUAUAUCUCGACUAUUCUGUAAAUAACAACGAGUUGCAAGAAAUCAUAAUUAAUGAUAACCAUUUAAGAUCAGAAAAUAUUCAUAUGUCAAAAUUUGUUCUUCUAUCGGAUGUUGAACAACUGUUACAGAAUCUUUUGAACGCUGCCAAUUUGCACAGUAACGAUACGCAUGUUUUAUCACAGAUUGAUUUGUCUUCAUUGAAAGAAACGUUACGAGACAAUUUAUUUGGAAAAACUGUGAUUUUAAACGAUGACAAUAGCGAACAACAAUGGAACUCAGUCUAUUGGCCCAAUAGAACUAUGCUGAGACCAGACCGUGUUUGGAAAUCAUUAAAGAAAAAACAUUAUUUCUAUCUUUCCUGGAACAGAAUUGUGAUGAAUGAAACGACUAGCGAUACUUUAAUGGAUGAAUAUGUUCAAGAAAUGUACGAUCAAGAAAGCUUUGAUCUCUACACUAAAUAUCGUCAUUUAUUCGAACUAUGUCAAAGGAUCUAUGGACACGAGAUGGUAAUAAAGCGGUCUAUGUUGAAACUAAAACCAAUAUUGGCGUAUGAACUAAAUCAAAUAGCUGCAUCAAAGUUUUGGAUCCGUCAAUCAGUGCACAUGAUCAAACGUGAACAAGUGUAUUCGGUGCCUAUUCGUCUUAUUUUACCAUCACCAGAAGAAUCAUCAGUAAGCAAUACAGUUUCUGGUGCGAUGACGGAAACUACCGAAUAUAUAGACGAAACUACUCUUUCGCCAGAAUACCAACCAAUGGUUCCAGAAGACAAAGAUAACGAUCCCUCUUUCGCUUUCACUCCAGUCAAAAUACUAACAACGUCAUUGGAAAAUACUUACACAACUGUUGUUGAUCAAGAAGCAACAACGUCAUCUACAAUGACCACGCUGUUUGAUGGCACAACGGAUCCGACGACAAUGACAACAGAGACAACUGAAUCAUCGACAGAAACUUUACUACGCGGCAAUGCAGUAUUAAAAACAAUCCCUGACAAUACACGUAUUGCUUUGUACUGUCUCGGAGCAAAAUUUCGUGUUCUCUCCGCAAUUUACCAAUCCACCUCAAAUGCUUCAUUUUGCUCAGAAGACGUUACGAAUACUGUUAGACAACUAUGUCCAAACGCAUGGUACUGCUUAGUGGCUGCUGAUAAGACGAUCUCGAAUGAAAUCAAAUGCACUUACGCUGAAAAACAACUUCAUAUCGUUUAUACAUGUGAUGUCGACCGAUAUGUGUUCGGGCCGGUGCUGAUCGAUCAAGACUCUUCGGGUUACGAUAUUUACAUAAAUGGAAAGGAUUAUAUUGACGACGUUGAAUCAAUUGAAGCCUGUGGUAUGCGCUGUCUUGAAACAGAUCGAUGCGUUGGUGUCGUUUACGCCCCAAAGGGAAAUCGAUGUUGGUUAAAACAUACAAUAGUGUCGCGUAUACAAGUGGGAAAUAGAAAUUCCAUGUCGGUUUACCAUCCUCAACGAUAUCCUGAUGAAAUAAUCGACAAUGAAUAA